UCUGAAAGCUCUCAACUGCCCAUGCUCCAAGCUGCCUUGGAAGCAAGCCUGUUGGAGCAUAGAAGUCCUUUACCUUCUGUGCCUCUACUAAUGGCCCCUGUGACAUUCUCCUGAAGGGGCUGUGUGACAUAGUGGCAGAAGAAGCCUGUUCUCUUCCAUUGUCUGGCUCAAGAAUGGCAAACUGCUGAGUGGUGAGAGUAUUUAGCCCUGAUAGAGCACAAAAUAUCAAAGGUCUCGAAUUUGCUCAGCUUCUGCCAUCUCAGAUAGAAUUCUCUAUACCCCCACUCUGCCAUAUAGUUACCAGAGCUUUGGAAGGAUAAAGUUAUUAUUUAGCACAAGUUUGUAUUUUUAAUCUUAGUAGAGAUGGAGUGCACACAAAUUCAUAUUGAAAUCAAAGAUUUCAUAUUUCCGAAAGGGACAAUAUAGAUUUAUGGCUGGCUAAGUGCUGAACACUUCUAAAAUCUCACUGUGAAUACUGAAACUUUUGUCUGAUGUGCUACUACACAAAUCCCUUAGCCCUGUGGCAGCUCCUGUUCUGGUUAAUGAGGAUUAUACUUCCCAACUUCCCAUGGAUUCAUUAUUGUUUUUACAGUUACUGAACAGUUACCAUUUUUGCUCUGGCUUGAAGCUUUUUAAAUAAGUCAUCAGGGCAGCUGUACUACAAGACCAAGACAGGGAGCCGGAUAAGUGGAAGGAGGUUUGAAGGAUUUAGCUGUUGAACCAGAUUUUAAAUGGAUAUUUUCUGACUAAGGUAUCAAGCACGUCUCAGAUUCAUAUGGCCAAGUGGUGCUGAUGUUCUUUGGUGUCCCAAGGAACAGGGCUAGAGUCUCACAGCUAUGUUGCUUUUUCAGAUAAGAAAGUAGGGGAGAAAAAAAAAUAACAGAUGAAGCAAUACAAAAGGGUUAAGAAGUAUUUGUUAAAGCUAAAACCUGUUAGAUGCCACAGCUUAGAUGUUAUGCUGUGUUAGGACAAGAAACAGAAAAAUAAUAACUUAUUGGCGCAGCAGGAAAAUAUGCAAUUGAUCUGUUUGAUCAUUCUUACAAAAUAAUGCUUCUUUUUACUGUUUGACAGAGUAUCUACACAGGAGUGAUUUCAAAAUAUUUAAUUGUAGGGGAGCUUACUCUGCAGUAGCUGUUCUGGUUAAUUUCCCCUUAGAGAAAAUUUCCUUAAUGAUCAGAGCUAAAGAAAUUGAGUGUAAUUUCAAUUGAAAAUUAAGAAUACUUUGAACUUUAUAGAUGUAACAAAUGUCUGUCACCUUAGUUGCCAAGUAGUCAGCACUGAAAAAGGCAAAUUCUGUAGAGUGGUAGUAGUAUGGAACUACUUGCUCUUACUGCAUUCAUGCAUGUUAGCAACGGUGGUGUCCAUUAUUUUCAGUAAUAAUAAUUAAAAACAAACAAACAAAAAAACCUCUUUAAGUAAAUGACUUGUAUAAUGCCCAGAAAGUUGCUGGACUGUAGCUUUUGUGGUAUCCAGCAGGAGCAAGCUCUGAAAGCCAGAAUCCUCAAGAGAGGGAGAGUAUGUGAACCUUGCCUGCUGCUGCCCUUAGAAAGGUCACCCUCUGAAACUGGAAACAGUGUUUUGUCUUGACCUUUAAAUAUUACGUUUGAAUGUGAGAGAACUGGCUUUCAAAUUUCAGGCAGUCUGGGUUAAGAAAAAAAAAAUCAACAUGAAAAUGUGAGGGUAUGAACUUGUAAUUGUUGAGCGACGCAGCCUGGCUCGAGGACACUGUAGGACGUGAGGCCCCUGGAUUGCCAGUUUGAAUUGGCUGAGAUCAGCUGGAAUCAAAAGUUAGUCUCUGACUUCAUCUGGUUGAUGUGAGAGAAAUGCAUAGGUGGCCUCAUCAAGUUCUCAGUGCAGGAACCUAACAGUAUUAGCUGGCAUCUCCUACCAAUAGUUUACUUUCCAUUCAGGCCUUAGCAAAUCUAUUCCUAUCUAGGAGCUGUCUUUCCAGACUGACGUGCAGCAGUACAAAAAAUAUGGUAUCAGAAUUUUUGCCUUAUCUGUAGAGAUUCAAAUCCUGUUCCUGCAGUCUGGCUCCAUUGAUAUGCACUAAUACUUACAUAAAAUUAUUUAUCUGUUUAUCCCUCCUGGCAUUUCUGCUAUGAUUGCUAACAUUCAGAAACUUUAAACACAGCUGCAGUCACAGAUAUGUAACUUACAGAGAGGGCCUAGAUAAUGGAAUGGAGAGGCUCCAAGUUUGACGGUACUUGUUUUCAAAAUAAGCUGCUUCUCAACUAUUAAUUAAUCCACUUAAAGCACACUACAAUUAAAUACUUUGAUAACGUGAUGUGAAAAAUAUUUGCAGAAGCUUUUAAAACAAACCCCCACGAACCUCUUUCUGCAAACAGUGUGGAGAUUUGGCACUCUCUUGUAUCCUGAUUGUUUCUGCGACCACAAGGAACAAAUGCAUCCCUGAAUUACCUGGGUUUACAUCUGAUUAUUUUGAUCAACAUGGGUAAUGGUAUCUUUACCAACCUUUGCAUUUUGUAAUGCUUUGUAAUGGGGAUUUUAGCGUUCACCUGUGGUCUUGUGAAAUAACUAUUGCCCAAGGAGCUUUGAGAAACAGAGCGAGAACUGUGCCUCUGCUUAUUAUUUGAACGAAGAGAGAGAAAAAAUACGCAGAAAGAGCCUUUGCAUGUAAAAACACUGGAAAAUAUUAUUAGCUACUUAAUUACUGCUAACUAAGAUUCAUGUUGACAGCACUGCUUUUGUGAUUCUUGGAUCCAAUCCUGGAAGCAAACGAGUAACCGCCAGCAGACAGGCACCGAAUGCUGCCCGAUGCGCUGCCCACCGCUGGCACUGGGGCUGUGAUGGCAGGGCCCGGCUGAGCGGCCUGAACUGAGGCCUGGUGGUUUUGAAUUCCCCCACCUGAGAGGGGAGCGGUGUGUGGUGUGGGGAUGGCGGCGUGUUGGCUGCGGAAGUUUGGCUGCAGUUUGCCCUGCCUUCAGCUGGGUGCCCCACUGGCACGGGGUGGGGUGUGGGGGCCCCACGUCCCGCUUUGGAACUCCAGAAGACAACUGUUGCCUGGCCAGAAACCAGCAAAUGGAAGGGCUGAGGAUUUAGUGCUUAAGUGAAACCUCCAGUGGCCGGGAGCACAGCGGUUAUAUCACAGCCAAUGGCGUGCGCGCUGGUCACAUGGUGCUGGUGGAACCUCAGGGAAGAGAAGUUGAGUCUCGGCGAACACAGCAGCUCAGUAACGCGCCGCAGCCGGAGCGAGCGGAGCCGGGGCGGGCGGACAGGCGGCGGCCGGGGGCGGUGAGCCGCUGCCCGCUCCCUCCUCCCCGCAGGGUGCCCGGCGGGCCGGCGCUCUGCCUGGACCAUGCCGAUCCUCCUCUUCCUCAUAGACACGUCCGCCUCCAUGAACCAGCGGGCGUAUCUAGGCACCAGCUACCUGGACAUUGCCAAGGGCGCCGUGGAGAUCUUCAUGAAGCUGCGGGCCCGGGACCCGGCCAGCCGCGGCGACAGGUACAUGCUGGUUACCUUCGACGAGCCGCCCUACUGCAUCAAGGCUGGAUGGAAAGAAAAUCAUGCAACAUUUAUGAAUGAACUGAAAAAUCUGCAGGCGUCAGGACUGACAACCCUUGGUCAGGCACUCAGAUCAUCUUUUGACUUGUUAAAUCUCAAUAGAUUAGUGUCUGGAAUAGACAACUAUGGACAGGGAAGGAAUCCAUUUUUUCUUGAGCCAUCUAUUUUGAUUACCAUCACAGAUGGAAACAAACUGACGAACACGGCUGGAGUUCAGGAGGAGCUUCAUCUUCCUUUGAAUUCUCCUUUGCCUGGAAGUGAACUAACCAAAGAACCAUUUCGUUGGGAUCAAAGACUGUUUGCUCUAGUGCUGCGUUUGCCAGGAGCUGCAUCUGUUGAACCAGAGCAGCUUGGGAGUGUGCCUACUGAUGAAUCUGCUAUCACACAGAUGUGCGAAGUUACAGGAGGUCGUUCUUACUGUGUUCGGACACAAAGAAUGUUGAACCAGUGUUUAGAAUCUCUAGUUCAAAAAGUCCAAAGUGGAGUUGUUAUUAACUUUGAAAAGUCAGGACCAGAUCCAGCUCCUAUUGGAGAAGAUGGACUUGUUGAUUCAUCCAGGCCCAUCAAUUCAUUUGCUUCUCAACCGUGGCAUAGUUGUCAUAAACUCAUUUAUGUACGGCCUAACCCCAAAACUGGUGUUCCUGUUGGGCAUUGGCCAAUCCCAGAAUCUUUUUGGCCUGAUCAGAAUUCACCAACACUGCCUCCACGCACAGCUCACCCUGUUGUGAGGUUCUCCUGUGUUGAUUGUGAGCCAAUGGUAAUAGACAAGCUUCCUUUUGACAAGUAUGAGCUUGAACCUUCACCCUUAACGCAAUACAUCUUGGAACGAAAGUCUCCCCAUACCUGCUGGCAGGUAUUUGUGAGUGGCAGUGGAAAAUACAGCGAGCUUGGCCAUCCGUUUGGGUAUUUAAAAGCAAGCACUACUUUAACCUGUGUAAACCUCUUUGUGAUGCCUUACAACUAUCCUGUUUUGCUCCCACUGUUAGCAGAGGAGGAGAGCUACCUGCUUCCAGUGCAUGUUUGAUGCUGUUCACCUCCUAGACACGUAGCCUCUUCCUUAACCUGGAAUGACUUGUUUAAGGUUCACAAACUUAAGCCAAAUCUGAAGUGGAGACAGGCUUUUGACAACUACUUAAAAACAAUGCCUCCUUACUACAUACUG